CGCGCGCCGCGACCAUCAUCAUCAGGUUUGCCGUCAAUGGUGACGCGCGGAAUUCCCCGGCAAAUCAAUUUUGAUCACCGCUGUUUAACGGAAAUGUCAUCUUGCUUCGAAUAAUAAUUAAUUAUAAAAAUAAUUAAUUGAAACUUGUCAUGAAAUCAUCAUUAUGAGAAUUAUUUUGUUACGUGAUAGAGUCAACGAACGGAGCGGUAACAUAUGAUGGAGAUACGCAGUAACGCAGAUUGAGCAUAAGAAUAAUCGAUUUCCAUUGGAAUUCAGAAACGCAUAAAUUACGUAAAAAUGAUUUUCAACAGCAUGUUCAAAAGGAUCAGCAAGGACUUUCGUCAGAAAGAGCUGAUACCACUCAAGAUAACAUUUUUUGUUCAAGCAUCGACACUCUAUGUGUUGUAUCCAUACUUGACUAUACACAUGAGAGAACUGGGGAUAAAUGUCGAAGAAACGGCAAUAAUGAGCGCCAUCACUCCUGUCGUGGCGAUGGUGAUGCCGCCGCUUGCCGGUAUGUUAGCCGACCGAAUAGGAAAUUUCAGAAUUGUAUUAUCGGCGUUUUCCGCGUUUGGUGGUUUGGCAGCAUUAUUAUUGCUGGUAGUGCCAAUUGGCAGAGUAACGAUACACUUCCCCGAUAGGAUAGUUAUGGACAUGAGUUGUCAAGAUAAGAGCAGCUCGUUACUUUAUACCAUGGGCCAGACUCAUCCGUGCGAAAUGGAACUGCAGUCAGAGAUCGCCACGAGAGUAGAAAGUUGCGGAUUCGUGUGUCGUGUAGAAACGAAUAAUGGAAUGGAUCAAGACUCGAUUCUGAAUUCGAGAUUUUACACAGUCUGGCAUCUCGAUCUUCGUAACAACCUUAAUACCUCGUACAAGUACGCCAUCGCACCGAGCGAUUUGCCAGCGAGAAUCGGCCAACAGGAAGAUGUGAAGGAGCAUCGGCAAUUAAAGAACAAUGAAUAUUUCAAGACUUCCAUCCAACAAAUUUCGAAGACGCACUAUUUUUUCCCGACAGAUCACCUGUAUCAAUUCUCGUGCGUUCCGACAUCAGAACGCAUGAAAGGCAGCGAUAAUUUCACUUUCGAGAUGCCACAUGGAAUGCACGAAAGUCACACGUCGUGCAUCUUCGGUCAUUUAAUUAAACCAAAAAAUAACAUGAACCAAACAAUGAAUUAUCAUUCAUAUAAAUCAAAACUUAAAAGUUUGAGGCCAGACGAAGAAGAUUUACAGGAAGAACGACAAAGAUACUCAGGAAAGGAGAUAUCCUGGGCGGGAGAAAGUUUUCGAAAAGUCGUUUGCGACUAUUCGGAUUCAAUAAACAAUCGAAUCGCGAUAGAUGUGAGGCUAUAUGCAGAUAAUAAUGCAAAUCUAAACGCAACCGAUCAAAUCUUGAGCACGAACGAAUGCAGCAAAAGAUGCAUAGUUACUGCACCUCGCAACGCAAUGUGCUCUAACAUGAAUAUGGAGGUCGAAUAUAAUAUAAGGUUGACGUUCUGGCUUUAUCUUACCAUUAGAGUAUUCAUAGGGAUUAUUGGUGGCACAACGUUCGCUAUGUUUGAAGGUGCCGUUAUAGCGAUAUUACGAGAGCAGGAGGCGGAUUAUGGCCUUCAAAGGAUCUAUGGCAGUAUAGGAGGUAUGAUCUCUUCACCCUUGUCGGGUUUGCUCAUAGAUUACGCCAGCAGGGAUAAAGGAUACACUGAUUUCAGACCGGCGUUUUAUCUCUAUGCAGCACUGAAACUCGCAUCGGGCGUUUUCAUGUUAAUGAUCAAUUUAGAAUUCAAAGCACCCGCUACGAACGUUGUGCGCGAUGUUUUUACCGUUUUGAGUAACAUCGAAACCGCUGCACUCUUUCUUGCUUGCUUCGUUCUCGGCACUGCUUGGGGAUAUAUCGAGUCAUUCCUUUUCUGGCUGAUCCAAGAUUUAGGCGGAUCUAGAUCAUUGAUGGGCAUUACUAUAACGGUCGGUGGUAUCGCUGGUAUACCGUUGCUGGCUCUUUCCGGACCGAUAAUAUCAAAGAUCGGUCAUGCAAAUGUGCUUUUCAUCGGAUUUGUAUUCUACGCUGUCAGGCUUGUGGGUUAUUCUUUAGUUUACGAUCCUUGGCUCACCCUGAUAUUUGAGGCAUUCGAGUCGGUUACUGCUUCUCUUAGCUUCACCGCAGCCGUUACUUACGCAGCGAAACUAUCGACCACGUCUACAGAUAGUUCGAUACAAGGAUUGCUUGGUGGUGUUUAUUAUGGAGUCGGUAAAGGUGCCGGAAGCUUAAUCGGUGGUUACCUAAUGAAGGCCUUUGGCACGAGACCGACCUAUCGGAUUUUCGCUGUAGUGACAUUGAUAACUGGUGUGAUAUAUUUUGUAUUUAAUGCAACUUAUCUGAAGAAACGAUCUUUACUUGAAGGCAACGACAUCGUGAAGAAAAAACCGCGAAGCGUCGACACGCAAGAUGGCGCCGAAAAGCAGAUAAACGACAUUAGUUUACAUGAGAAGCCACUUGAUGAAACAAUUAAAGAGGACAAGAAGAAUUCCAUGAAAAAUAGUGGCAUAGAUAACGAAGGGUUUUUGAAAGAAUCGCGAGAUACCAAAUUAUCGAAGGAAGCUAAUGAACAGAACUUGACUAAAACUGUCGAAACUAUUGAGAACGCUAAAAAUACCAAAAAAACUGAACAAACUUCAGACGAAAAACAUGAAGAUAAAUUGCCAACGAAGAGCAAUGUGACUCAAAUGAGGAAUCAGGAAAGUAAUAUGCAAAAAAAGUGUUUUACUAAUCCGUACUUUGAGACUGACAACCCAAAUCAAUGCGAGAUUAUGGUAGAAAAUGAACAGACCGUUAACAAACGUAUCAAGUAGAUCAAAUAGCUUCAUAGUUUAACGAUUAAUUAUAAUGAUUAUGAAAUUUGGAGCAUUUGAAAAAUCUAAGUUCGAGAAUAUAUCACUUUCUCGAAAUCCAAAACUUUUUAAAUUUAUUUUACGAAACUAAAUCUGUGAAAUACGUUCAUUAGCAUGCAUUUCUAUACAUGAUACAUUACAACAGCAUUAUUCAUGUAUAAGGAAUUAUAAUUAUUUAAUUCAUUAAAAAAAUUGUAUCGUAAAAAUUUCUUAUGUAAAAGUCAAUUGAUUUUACAUCAUGAGAUGCGGUAUUUGAAGAGGACGGAAGUUACAACAUAAUUGUCGAUAGUUUUCAUGACAUAAAUUGUGAAACUAUUAUUACAGAUUGUUAGCUACAUCGUCACAAUACAUUGAUUAAAACUUUUUUUGAGUUUUUGAAGCAAUUAAGCUGAUGAUCACCGUCCGCAUUUGCGCACGCGUAUGAAAAUCGCAGAUGUUUCUUGCAGCUACAUAUUAACUCUCUGCGUACUGGAGUCCAUCGUAUAUCAUCCUUUCAAGAGAUCUAAAUCUGUAGAAAAUUCAAAGUUUAUAAAUUUUGUUAAAAAUAAGUUUUCAAUAAAGUUUAAUAUUAAAU